UAAACGUGUAGAAGUACACAGGAUAGACGGUAGACUGACGAAUAACAUGUUGGUUUAGUAUAUACACGUUACAUUCACAGCUGACGACUAAACAACGUACCGAAUAUAUAUUAAAUAAAUCAGUAAUUGUUGACAUAAAAAGUGUUUAAUGUUAUUUUUAAAAGUAUUUUUAGUACAUAAAUCUGAACAAAUAAAAUUCAGAGAACAUAAUACGUACCUGAAUUUAAAUAUGAUAUAGCAUCCCGACGUUGGUUAAGUGAUUAUUUCAACAUAUUACUCAAAGUGCAAUUGAAUAAAGUAAGGAUCUGUGAUAAUAUAUAUCAUAAUAUUUAAAUAAUGACGAUAAAAAAUAUUUGCUGUCUCGGUGCUGGAUACGUAGGAGGCCCUACUUGCAGUGUUAUUGCCUUGAGAUGUCCUGAGAUAAAAGUGACUGUAGCUGAUCUCAGCAAAGAGAGAAUAGCCCAAUGGAAUUCAGAUAAAUUGCCGAUAUACGAGCCUGGUUUAGAUGAUGUAGUAAAAACUUGUAGAGGAAAAAAUCUAUUUUUUUCCAAUGAUAUUGAAGAAUCAAUUUUAGAAGCCGAUUUAAUAUUUAUAUCGGUGAAUACUCCUACAAAGAUAAUGGGAAAUGGAAAAGGAAGAGCAGCUGAUUUGAAAUAUGUGGAGGGAGCAGCAAGGAUGAUUGCUAACAUUGCUAAAAGCAAUAAAAUUGUCGUGGAGAAGAGCACGGUUCCUGUAAGGGCAGCUGAAAGCAUAGCUAAUAUUUUAAAAGCUAACCAGAAACCUGGAGUAACAUAUCAAAUUUUAUCUAAUCCUGAAUUUCUAGCUGAAGGUACCGCCAUAAACGAUUUACUCAAUGCUGAUAGGGUGUUAAUUGGAGGAGAAGAUACUGAAUUGGGACGAGCUGCAAUCGAAGAAUUGUGUACAAUAUAUCAACAUUGGGUACCUAGGAAGAAUAUAGUUACCAUGAAUACUUGGUCUUCAGAAUUAUCAAAAUUGGCAGCUAAUGCAAUGCUGGCUCAACGAAUUUCUAGUAUUAAUUCACUUUCAGCGGUAUGUGAAGCUACAGGUGCGGACGUAUCUGAAGUAGCUAGGGCUGUAGGAUUGGAUUCUAGAAUUGGUUCCAAAUUUUUACAAGCUUCAGUCGGUUUUGGAGGUAGCUGUUUCCAAAAAGACAUAUUAAAUUUAGUUUAUAUUUGUGAAUGUUUGAAUUUACCAGAAGUAGCUGCUUAUUGGCAACAAGUGAUAGAUAUGAAUGAAUAUCAAAAACAUCGUUUCACCACAAAAAUAAUAGAAUCUUGUUUCAAUACGUUGAGUGGAAAGAAUAUUUGUAUUCUGGGAUUCGCUUUCAAGAAAAAUACAGGAGAUACCAGAGAGAGUCCGGCUAUACAUGUAGCUAAGACGUUACUAGAUGAGGGCGCCUUCAUCAGGAUCUAUGAUCCUAAGGUUGAUAGAGAACAAAUCGAUGAAGAUUUGACAAAUCCUCAAAUAUGUGAAGAACCUGAAGUGAUUAGAAAACGUAUUUCUAUAUAUGAUGACGCGUACAAUGCUUCAAAAGAGUGUCAUGCUAUUGUGCUAUGUACAGAAUGGGAUGAAUUCAUCGGAUUAGAUUAUAAGCAAAUUUAUGCAAAUAUGAUGAAACCUGCGUAUGUAUUCGAUGGUAGAAAAAUAUUGGACCACCAAGCCCUUAUUGAAAUAGGAUUCCAUGUGCAAACUAUUGGAAAACGACUUUGAUAGGAAACUGAUAAAUUUGUUUUCAUAUGUUAUCAAAUAAUUAUGUACCCGAAGUAUUUUGAUAUUUAUUUUUUCCAAAGUAUUAAUUGUAAUUCCGUACUUACAAAAAUGCAUUUGUAAAAUUUACAUUUUAUAUAUAAAAAUGUAUAAUAAAUUAUACAAUAUUCAUAUUUUA